UAGAGCAAACCUGUUAGAGCAAAUCUAUUGAUAUUAAGAAAUAGAAGAUAACUUAACUGGAGCUGACCCAAAAUAUCUUACAACUGAGCAAUUAUCUUUCAGUCAGCAUGCCUCUUCAUUCUCCUCAGAACCUUUUUGAUCAAAUAACCAGAGCUGUGAGUACUUUCCUGGUGAUAGUUUUUUUUUUCACCCUGCAGUACAUACUAGACAUGGAUUUUGUGUGCUCAUGCAGCCACACUACAAGUAUCCAUUGUAACGGUGUACUGUACAUGGUGGCGCCUCCUGUGAUCCUCACCUGGGCUGUCAACAAGAUUCAGUCUCUCCAACCAAUGCAGAUUUUUUCAAGAAAGCAAAGACUUAUAUACAACAAGUACUGCAGAUGUUGUGUUAGGCUGCUGUUCAGCUUUUUCAGUCUGAAUGGUGUAUGGGCAGCUGCUGUUCUGGUUGAUGGAGAUUGGUACUUUUGCCUGAUGACAAACCGCAAUGAAUCUCAGGUUGGAAUUCCUUGCAAAGAAAAGCUGGACUACGACGAGAGACGAAUUGAGGCCCAUUAUAAGUCUCAAUCCAUGGAUUAUGGAUAUUAUGUAUUCUUCGGUGUCAUUCUUUUUUGGAUUAUUGUUGAAUUCAUGACAAUUCAUUGUGGAAGAAAGAAGAUGGAUUGCUGCUGUGGCCUCUUCAAGCUGUGUAACACACCUUUCUACAAAAUGGUUUAUAAAUAUCGUCUGAAAGAGCAAGUCAAUAGCUAUUUACGAAAAGAGCUAAACAAGAUAGCAAAAGAACAAGCAGAAGCAAUCUGUAAGCCCCUCAUUGAAAAAAUUCACCUUGAAGAGAGUGAAUCUAAUAGAACAAGUAAUGACAAUGUAAGCAUCAACAUCACAGAAUCAGAAGCCUGGUGGACCAUAUCAAAAUGCUAUUUGGACUCGAUGGAACCUGAGGAACAACCGGAUUUAGAAGCAAGACCACAGACGACAAACCAGGAACAAUCAUCAGGAAGCACGAAGUUGGCUGGCCCCUCAAACCAGGAACAAUCAUCAGGAAGCACAGAGUUGAAUGGCUCCUCAAACCAGGAACAAUCAUCAGGAAGCACAGAGUUGAAUGGCUCCUCAAACCAGGAACAAUCAUCAGGAAGCACGGAGUUGGCUGGCCCCUCAAACCAGGAACAAUCAUCAGGAAGCACAGAGUUGAAUGGCUCCUCAAACCAGGAACAAUCAUCAGGAAGCACGGAGUUGGUUGGCCCCUCAAACCAGGAACAAUCACCAGGAAGCACAGAGUUGGCUGGCUCCUUAAAACAGGAACAAUCAUCAGGAAGCACAGAGUUGAAUGGCUCCUCAAACCAGGAACAAUCAUCAGGAAGCACAGAGUUGAAUGGCUCCUCAAACCAGGAACAAUCACCACGAAGCAAAGAGUUGGCUGGCCCCUCUAACCAGGAACAAUCAUCAGGAAGCAGAGAGUUGGUUGACCCCUCAAACCAGGAACAAUCAUCAGGAAGCACAGAGUUGAAUGGCUCCUCAAACCAGGAACAAUCACCACGAAGCAAAGAGUUGGUUGACCCCUCAAACCAGGAACAAUCAUCAGGAAGCACAGAGUUGAAUGGCUCCUCAAACCAGGAACAAUCACCAGGAAGCAAAGAGUUGGCUGAUCAAGUAGCUUCAAUAUCAGGAAAGGAAAUCAACUAAGUACAUUUCCUUGUGUGUACAAUGUUGAGGUACUUCAGGUAG